AACCUUUAGAGCUAUUUCAAUCGCAAGAGUUGCAUACACAAAAACCUGUUUUGCUUCAUUCAGCUCUUAGUUGCUCCUUCGGAUCUUAGAAUAAUUGUUGUUGUGAGAUGAUGCACACUACUAUGAUGAACUUUAACUAUCCCAAUUACCCACUUGUUCUAUCAGCGGACACCGUGACUUUUUCACCAUCGGGCACUCCAAGUCCACCAGCUAUGCCGUACAUUAUGGGAAACAGAAUGCAGAACUUGCCAACAUCGUACCUUAACGCAUCGUUCCACAAUCACAAGGGCUACCAGCCGGCGAGGACUGAGAAAAAACAGUCCUUUACCAUAGAGGCCAUUCUUGGACUCAAAAACUCGAAUGAUGAUAAGAGUGGAAAGGACUUUAAAGGCGCGAUUCGUGUUGGGGACAGUCGGAGGGACAGAAUUUUGUCCUCCACCAUGCCAUACUCCGUGCCAGGGGGGACACCAAGAAGUUCCCUAACUGCUUUAUUACCAUCGUCGCCUGACACAUCACCAACGAAAGACGAAUCCAAAUGCCGAUCCCACCAUUUGACCAGCACCAGCGAAGAUUCGGACGUGGACGGCCGAUACACCAUGCUGCAAAAAGCCAGUUCCAGUGCCAAACCAUCGAGUUCUCAAAAAUCCCCACCCCACGGAACAGGCAAGAUGAAACGAAUCAGGACUAUCUUCACCCCCGAGCAACUGGAACGACUAGAAACUGAAUUCGAACGUCAGCAGUACAUGGUUGGACCCGAACGGUUGUUUCUCGCCUCAAAUCUGAAUCUGACCGAAAGCCAGGUCAAGAUUUGGUUCCAGAACCGUCGUAUUAAGUGGAGGAAGCAGCACCUGGAAAUGCAACAAGCGCAGCUUGCGCACCUCAGAGAAGCAGAGGCUGCUGGGAGCGAGAGCGAACCAGAUCAGACCAGCUCUACCCAGGAUUGUUCUCCAACUCAAUGUUGGGAAGAAGAGAGAAAUUGAAGGAAAUAAUGAUCUAAAAUCUAUAUCUUAAAAAUCUUCGGGUAUCAAGAUCAUUAUUCCAUCAUUAAUGGCCAAGUCUGUACGUCAUCUAUCCAGGACCAAACUUACCAAUGUGUGUAAGCCUGAUAGAUAUAGGCGAUAAUGAUGCUGAAUUUUAGUAGUUUUCCAUUGGAAGAUGGCAACAAACAAAAUCAACAUAUUAUGGGCGUAUUUCUUGAAUAAUAUAAUUAAGAAUAGACCCAGCUUUGCUAUGAUGAACCCAGGAUGGAUUCCUUACAUUGAUGGACCCAGAUUGCGUCGUUCAAGCAGUUCUUCGGGGAUUUGGAAUCUCAUGUAAAAUGGAACCAACCUUUGGACUGGAAUGAACUCUUUGUUGAAAUUUGAUCCAACAAUUUGGAACUAAACUAUAUGAAAGAAAACUUUCCAACUCGAGUUUGAAUAUUUAACCAAGUUUUGUUUUUGAAGAUGGACAAAUUGCAUUGUAUUGAACUUUAAUACUGUUGUGCAUAUAACCAUUGAACUCAAUGUAAUAUGCAUAGUGUGUCGCUAAUGUGAGAUUUAUGUUUAGGUAAUAUUGUCAAAUCAGUAAGACCACGCAUGUGCAGAAAUAGUGGGUAACAUGGAACUUUAUGUAAGCCCACCGUCAUGCAAUCAAAAUUUAAUCUGCGCUAUUAUUAUUUCAUCGUAGUUCUUUGAAUUGAAACUAAGCAAAAAAUAUGCAAUGGAAAGAAGAAAAAAAAAUAAUAAUAAAUCCAGAACAAAAGAUGAACCCUCUUUUAAAUUUUGUGUAAUUUUUUAAUUUACAAUUCAUUUAUUUGAAUUGUUUUUAUUUGUUUUUAGAUCGCCAAAUUAAAUGAAACGAUAUAUGUAUUUUAAAAAUUUAAAACUCUUACUUGUUAAGUUUGAUUUUCUAACUCUAAAUUGAUUAUUUGAAAUAUUAAUUAAACUAAAAAAAUAAUCUUUUCCCAAAAAAUUCAAAAUAUACAGCAUAAGCUACAUUUUAAAACUGGGCUUAUAUAAGUAUAUUCCCAUAAGUAUAUUGAAAAUUUUGAAAUAUACAUUCAUCAAAUUAAAGCAGCGAAAUUCGGAGCUUGUUUAAUAUUAUUAAAUAUCUAUAUUUAGCAUAUCAAAGUUUUUAAGAGAGAACCAAAUUUCGUUAAUUUUAAACAACUAUGAGUACUUUGUUUUUUGUAAGUGAGUUGUAAAGUUUAAAUAAUAGUUUUUUGUGUGAAUAGUAAAAUCCUUAUUGGCACUACUGAUAAAAAAAAAUCACUAUAAUUUUCGAUGAAUAAUGUAAUAAUUCACUUCGGAUUUCAAAUAGUUUUUAGAUGCACUCAAGUUUUUUUAAUGAGCGUCUUCUCAAACGUUGCUUACAAAAGCGCACAGUGCCAAACAAAGUAAAAAUAAAAAAAAAUGUUUUCCCUAACUACUGCAUAAAGGGCUUACAAUUAAGUUUCUUCAAGAAAACUUUAUGGUGCUUUGGCUGUUGAAAAUAAAAUUCUGGCGUUGAAAUUCAUUGUAUAAAGGCAUUUGUGUGCAUUCUAUUCUAGUCAAUUUCCAUUGUGAUAAAGUGUCUCUUUUAACCA